AUGGCUAUGUAUGAUAUGAAAGAGUUACCACACUUGGUGAAACCUGUUACUUUGAUACUCAUCAUAUUGCAAACUAUUUUCGUAUUCGCACCUGGUUAUCGAUCGUUUGGAUGGUUCGUCAUUAUGACCACAAUUAUAGAGGGGGAGGACAAGAAAAAGAUCGAUAUAUUGAUCGCAAUAAUUUUACCAUUCUUUCAGUUGAUCGUAUGUGUGUUGGUUUUCGCAUGCAUAGGAUUUAACAUCACUGGACUACUGAACAUGCCUAUGUGGCCAAUGGCGGAGAUGACUUACAGUGGUGUAUUCGUUAUUUUUCAAGUGAUCAACUUCUUCUACUUUAUUGUCAACAUGUUCAAACAUUUCAAUGUUUUCUUCCUCUUCGGCAUGGCGGAGGCUGCUUUCCUGGCUCUAGUGUGGCUUUUCGACGCCUAUCAAUGGUGGCGAGCACGCACGCCAGCCGCCGCCGCUACCACCGGAAAUCAAGCCACAGCAGCUCCUCCCCCGAAUUUUCCGCCAAACUAUCCAGCCGGCGUCAAUCCGGCUUGA